AAUGCGGAGAGACACCGCCGGUUCUCAGUCACGGUAUCGCGUCCUCUCGGUCCGCUUCGACGACAUCGACGUCAGCCGAUGGACUCGUCGACGUUGCCCUCUUCUAUCUCUUCCUCCUCCUCGUCCUCCUCCUUCUCUUCUUCCUCUUCUUCCUCUUCCUCCUCCUUUUAUUCUUCAUCCUCUUACUCGGUAGUUCUCUUCUCUUCUCGAUAGACGUCCGGUCCACGAAAGUAGUUGCCGCUCUUCCUCCCCUGCGCGAAAUUCGUAAAUGCCGCGGCGUCGCGCGCUUCUCACCUCCCGCGAAAAUUGACUCGGUUGAUUCGUCUCAGGAUAUACCUGUGCGAGCUCGAGCCUUCAAUCGUUCGACCUAGAGAGAGAGGUUUCUCUAUGCGAUCGCCGCCGGAGACUGUAAUGUAUGUAAACGAGCGACUCUCGCUUGGGAAAUAAGGGAACGUUUCGGCACGGCGACUGCUGCGGCCACCGCAGGACGACGGCAAGAGGGAAACCUGAGGAACACUCACCGCAAGGUUGCAGCGUUGUACCUCGCGGGCACCGGCGUGACCAUGAUUUUGCGAACCUGUCUCUGCCUCAGCCUCCUCACGGUUUCGGCGCUGUGUCUGACCGCGGACGAAAUCGAGGCGCAGAGGAGCGGCUGGAACCUGAAUCCCAACACGCAGUACCACAUCCAGACCGACGAGGGCCCGGAGAGAUUUUUUCGCUUUCAAACGGCGAAUGGCCAGUACAGAAAGGAGAAAAGGCUGGCCGACGGCACGGUGAUCGGCACCGAGGGCUGGCUGGACCCUCUCGGCUAUUUACGAUUGAAGGAUUAUAUCGCGGAUCACGAGGGAUUCCGAAUACUGAGGUCUAAGAUGGUCUACGUGGGUAAAAAUCGACCCAUUCAGGAUGCGGUCGCGGAGACGAAGAAGGUCCCGGCGCAGACCGGAGUCUUGGCCAGGCCUAGAAGACCGCCCAACCCUUUCAGGCGACCGGAUUCCAACGACGUCGUGCCGUUGUCUGGCAACGACAUCACUUCCGGCUAUUACACCCCUACGACCAUUCGACCGCGACCGAUUUCCGCCAACGAUUACUACUCGAACCGAUCGGGUUACCCCUCGUCCGGCCUGCAGAGUUUAGAGACUUAUCAUCGGCCGCAGGCCACGUUCUACCGCGGAUCCGCCGCGACUCGACCGACUCCGAUCCUCGAGGCACCCUAUGAGCCUGGAGCGGUCGCGCGUCCCUCUAUCAGGACCAGCUACCGAUCGCCCAUCUCACGCAGCGACUCGGUCGACUUGCCGCCCUACGACGGCACUUACAGCACGGCGAACGGCUUCCAGUACUACCUGAAGAGGCAAUACCACGAGGAGGAGCGGCAGCCGGACGGCAACAACGUUGGAUCGUUUGGCUAUAUCGAUCCCUUCGGCAUCCGUCGGGUGAUUUAUUACAAGACGGACCCGCACACCGGCGGCUUCGUCCACAAGAAGAACAAUCGAUACGUCGGCUUCGCCGCGGCUCCCUACGACCCGUCGCCACCUGACCUGUCGCAAAGACGAACCGCGAGAACCUCCCCAGCAACGAGCUCAUAACGAGUUACUCAAUGUUCAUCGCUUCGCCACGUUGUAGCGCCGUUUUACCGCGAAGAACUCAUCGUCCGAUAUCGCGUCGACGCCAGUUUCGCCAUGCUGAACGGCCUCGGUUCGACCCGACGAUCUCUCGACCGGCGAGAGGCUGUUCGUCGAGCCGUCGCCCGUCGAUGUUCAACUUAAGCAAUCUCUCCUUGUUGGUCGUCGAUUUUCCGGCCGUCGAUAGAAGCUGCGGAUGUUGAAGAGAAAGAGAGAGAGAGAGAGAAGAGAGUUGAAGAGAGACCGAUAUUUCAAGUUCCAUUUACGAGGUCCUCCGACGGGAGGAAAUCUCGGUGACCGACGUUGCUUAACGUUUCUCGAAGUGCCACGACUGAUUUUUUCUCAUCUACGACUCCGUUGUGUCAUCCGCAUCAACGGUCGCCAGUAUUAGCCGAGUGUGUUGCGGGAGAGUGGGAAUUAAUGGAAUCAGGAAGUCGCUGAAGCGCAGCAGACAGAGAAGUCCUGACGACGGGAAAAUCAGGAGAAGGACAACAAUCUCUCUUCAUCGGAAAACCCGCGUCUCGGCGACUUCCUGAUUCAUCGCCUUUGUCCUGUUAUUAUCGCGAGGAGAUAAUCAAAUAUCGCGAGAACGACGUUAGAUGCCAUGUUGGACUGUGUGUAUGUACAUAGUUUUCAGGUGGGAUUUCCCUGAACAGAAGAAAAAAUGGGAAAACCGCGCAGAACGCAUCGGACAGUGUUCGCCGACUUUUCCAGUUGCGUCACCGAUCUUUGAAGCGUGCAAGACGAGACUCUCGGCCGCCAUUGUCUCGCGUGUAAGCUUCCUCUAACAGCCUACAUUCCUUCUCAGAGGCUCAAAGGAAAUGAGAAAGUAUCUGUUUUCUCGUUCAAAGCAAAUUUGCAACGAGACUUUCGCGGCACGAGUCUCGAGCAGAAUUUAAUUCGGACCGGCUGUUCGAGAUAACAGGCGCAAGUUUCCAAGUCUGUGAGAAGCGUUCCGUUCUUCCAAAUGUUCACCCCAUCUCAAUUCCUUCUAUGGUGAUUGUUUCCUUUUCCGUUUUUACCAUUGGCGCACGUUGGACUACGUUCAGAGAAUCCCAUCUACCGAAUCAAAAUAGAACGGUCGGCACUUUGGCGCGAGCGGAUCGGGCGUCAACCCUGCGAUGCAGGAUUCUUUCUCUUUGCUGGCGAUGCUCCGCCGGCAAAAUCUCUCGUGAACACUUCACAGAUUGUGAAAAUCGCGAAGUGGAUUAUAAAUUUCUGUUCAUCGCACCUCGAGAUCCCGACGUAGUCAAUUUUUUCGCAAAAUACAGCGGUCUACACUCCACACUCGCGUCGUUGUGCAUCGCGGGGUUGAUUCAGCGCAAGCCGUAAUAGAUCCGGAGAGAAUUUAACAGCUUUCUAUCGCCGAAUCCCGCUGACGUUAAUGUAGCUGCCUCCUAGUUUCGCGAGCGCGCGUUUGUACGCUUUUUCACGUACUAAUUUUCUCGCGGUCUGCCGCGCCGUAAGGUAUCCGCUCGUGCCGAACGACGACGGGGCCCGCGUAUUAGUAUUAGUUAAUCGUUAAGUUAAAACCUCGUUACAAACCGCGACAAUGGUGCUGGCUGUUAAGCAAAAACGGAUACGCCGUACGCUUUCCGUUCUUUUAUGGCGAUGAGAACCGUGCCGUUCCACUCGGUGCGCGUAGUCAAUUGCGAUUUUCGGAUAAUGGCUCCGCCCGCGAGCGACAUUACUUUCCUCCGUUUACAUCCGUGUAAAAGCUGGGAAAUACGGAGCCACGUAGCACCGUAGGAUGUCGUUUUAUGCUUAACUUAUUGCGUGCGUGCCCGCAUGCGUGCGGCAAACGCGAAUGCGUGCGAUCAUUCGCAUGUGCAGUGUCAAUCAUGUGAUGUGUCUAAGAUAGUUUUCACGUAAGCAUCUCUCGCCCUCGAGUAAUAAAUAUCUCUGUGAACUUUGGAGAACUUUUUCUUUGAAAUUUGCAACUGCACCGUGGCUUCAGAAAAAUUCUGAAAUUUGCGCAUGUGUCAAGAUUGUGUCUUAUAUAAGAUUAUUCAACAACUCGUCGAAACCGGAAGCGCUUGCGCGCGUCUGAGCCGGAUCAGUUCCGAGUGUUUUACGAAUAUUCAAUGUUUCCAAUGACGUCUGAUUAAUUCCCGUCGUAUGUAAUUUCUCAUAUCCCAAUUAGAAAUUGCGAGAAAAAUAUUACAUAGAUCGCGUAUCUUUAUGGCUCUUGCGCAGGAAGCAAAACGAACUCAACUGGUUCUAUCUAGAAAAAUGCCGAUUAGCUUCCUGCUGGGAUAUGCGUCAAGUGAAAAUCCUUGACACCAGGAUACCGGACGAGGCCCGGAUCCAAUUUGGUAUUGCAUAAAUGAAUUCUUGGUAUCUCCA